GCAGGGGAGGCUUUCGCCUUUCCCUUGUGAACAGUGUCGUCGCCUCGAACUCGACUCGACAGCUCUCCGUCACCUAUAACAGAAUGUCAAAACAACUUGGAAUGCCUCAUCCCGCCACAAAAAGCGAAGACUCUGAUCUAAUUGAUGCUCUCUUGAAACUAUCCAGCAAGAAUCCUAAAUUGGUAAAGUCGACUGUGUAUGAUGCACCUGCAGAUUCAACCCUCGGGGUGAGGAGCUGGAAAAUGAACGAGUACAAGUACUAUGAUGUUCCGUCGCCGUUCCCCACCCUCGCAAGAGGUCUAUUUACUGUGCAGGUUGGAAGAGAUCCAAAUUCUCAUCGGAUUGUAAUCAGAGGUUACGACAAAUUUUUCAAUAUUGGAGAGGUCCCUUGGACUACGUGGUCUUCUUUGAAAAUGCAUACCGCUGCUCCUUACACACUUUCGCUAAAGUCGAAUGGCUGCAUCAUCUUCAUUGGCGCCCUGACUCCAGAAAAACUAGUCAUCACAUCCAAACAUUCUCUGGGGCCUAUUGGGCAAUCGGAGAAAAGCCACGCUGAAGCUGGAGAAGGAUGGCUGAAAAGGUAUCUCGAAGAGAAAGGAAGGACAGAAGCAGAACUGGCCAAGACUUUAUGGGACAACAACUGGACAGCAAUAGCAGAACUUUGCGACGAUUCGUUCGAGGAACACGUCUUGGGUUAUCCACCACAUCUUACCGGUCUUCAUCUUCACGGACUCAAUACCUGUACCAAGGAGUUCAGCACUCUCCCGCACUCCACCGUCGACGAAUUCGCCUCUGAAUGGGGUUUCAUCAAGACUGAAUCUAUCGUGUUCAAUUCUAUCGAGGAAGUUCAAAAGUUCACUGAUGAGGUCAGCAAAACCCAGCAUUGGAAUGGCCAAGCCGUAGAAGGUUUCGUUGUCAGAACGCAUGUCACUACCCCUCCGUCAGGAAACGAGAACGAUCGGGGAAAGACUCCUUACGCGCCUGGGUCCACCUUCUUCUUCAAGGUCAAAUUUGAUGAGCCAUAUCUCAUGUAUCGUGACUGGCGCGAGGUCACCAAGACGAUCCUGUCCGCGCACAAAAAGGGUGCGCGUGUAGCCAAAACGUUAGAGAAUACUGUUCCUCGCAAUAAAAUGAAGCGUCCAGAGACCCGCGUUUACGUACGUUGGGUCAUAGGAGAAAUUUUACGCGAUCCUUCUCUUUUCAAGGAGUAUACAAAAGGGAAAGGGAUUAUUGCUACUAGAGAGAGGUUCCUACAGUGGCUGGAGGCUGAAAAGGGGAAGAAGGGAAUAAGAUCCGACGGGGGUAGAUUAGAUGCAGAAGACCUUGGGAGUGAGACUGAACAAAAAGGUCAAAUGAAACCAGAGUUCGGGAAGACCGUAAUAGUCCCUAUUGCCAUUCCCGGCUGUGGUAAAACCACUGUUGCAGUCGCUCUCACCCAUAUUUUCGGUUUUGGACAUACGCAAAGUGAUGAUGUGCACGUUAAGAAAUCCGCGCCCGUCUUUCUCAAGAACGUUCAAAACCUUCUAAAAAGCCACGACGUAGUGAUCGCAGACAAGAAUAACCAUCUCCGGCAACACCGUACCCAAUUACGAGAACUUACGCAAAAAAUGAUACCCCCUGUUCGACUCCUCGCCCUCAAUUGGUCUCUCGCGUCAUACCCACAAAGUACUGUGCAUCGAAUUUGUGGUGAUCGUGUCCUCGUUCGAGGGGAGAACCACCAGACCCUCAGAGCCGAUGCAUCCAAGUUUCGCGCCCACGAAGAUGUCAUAUGGAUGUUCAUCACGCAGACUGAGGAGCUUGCUCCUGCAGAGGUAGAUGCCAUAAUUGACAUGGACCUCGAGGAAGAUUUUGUCUCUGCCGUCAACCGUGCUGUCGACGGGAUCUGCAAGGAGCUGGAUCUGCCUAGACCCACUCCAGAAAAUAUUGCGAAGGGUAUUGAGAAGGCCACUGGAUAUAGGCCUGCUACGAAAAAAGCGGACGAAGAGUCAAAGCAAAAGCCAAAAGAGAAGGAACCGAGAUAUUUUGGCAUCGUUCCUGAGAUCCAUCUCGAACAGGUUUUAACGAAGGUGCUUGGUGAAAAUCCUACAACAUAUACUAUGUGGAUGCAUUUGAAGAAAAACCAACGAAUUACCCAACGGCCACACAUUACAGUCAUUCACAAGAAAAGUCUUCCCGGAGAAAUCGAACUUUGGGAACGAUGUAUCGAUCUACAUUCGUCCAAAAAUCCACCAAUGUUCGAGUUCAAGUUGAAAAAUAUCAUAUGGAAUGACAGAGUCAUGGCCGUCGUCGUUGACGAUCUAAAGGUUCUUCCGGGGUCUGAUUCAGAGCAAAAAGGGGUAGAGUUCAUCGGUAAACUAUCUGAAGAGAUCAGAACUAGGCUACACAUAACAGUUGGGACGAAAAAUCAUAACAUUCAAACUGUUGAGGCGAAGGCGCUUGUAGAGGAAUGGAGGCAGGGGAACACCGGUGGGGUGCAAACUAUGGAAUUUUCUGAGGACGUUCUGGUCCAGGGCAGGAUCAAGGGUUUGACAGGGUAGUCGGUAGAUGAGUAGUUUGUACCUCAAUCCACACAAUGAUACGCUUCCACUCAUCUGUGAAUUUAAAUCUUUGGAGUUCCGCUGCAGAUUCAGUUAUAGAU